AUGAGCGUAAUCACAAAAAAUGCCGACGGCGUCUUCCUCAUCGGCAUCAAUCGGGCGGUCAAGAAAAAUUGUGUAAAUCAUCAGACUGCUGUGGAACUUUUGGCGGCGUUUCAACGAUUCAAUGCCACCCCGGAAUUGAAAGUAGCUGUGCUCUAUGGAGAAGGCGGUACUUUUUGCGCUGGUUAUGAUCUCAGCGAGGUGGCAACUGGAAGUCAUGUAAAACCUGAUGAUACCGCUUUUGAAGAGUUCAUCGAAAAGCAUCGUUUUAUGGGCCCAACGAACCUAAAACUCAAGAAGCCACUAAUCGCAGCGGUUGAAGGAUACGCUGUAGCUGGAGGGCUCGAGUUGUCAUUAAUGGCCGAUCUUCGUGUCAUCGCUGAAGAUGCGACACUUGGAGUAUUUUGCCGGAGGGUGGGAGUGCCUCUGAUCGAUGGCGGAACGGUCAGGUUGCCACAGAUCGUCGGCUUGGGUCGGACCUUGGAUAUAAUUCUGACCGGAAGAGCUGUAGAUGCGGCAGAAGCUCAUCAAAUCGGGUUGGCAAACCGAGUCGUGAAAAAGGGUGAAGCCGUGAAUGUAGCGAUCAGCUUGGCCAGAGAAAUCAUGAAGCAUCCAGAGCUCUGCAUGCUAACCGACAGAAGAUCCGUCUUCAAUUCGUUGAACGGCUCACAUGACGAAGCCAUGAAAUUUGAAUACGAGAAGGGACAAGAAGUUUUAGUGGAAGCGAUUCAAGGAGCCCAAAAGUUCACAAAGCGUGAUCGGAGCAAGCUG